CGCGACUUUAGUACUACGGUUAUUCUGCACGAGUUUGUUUCUGGAAAGAGAUCCCUUUUGAUACGCGGUUUCUGAGAAUGACGACGGUUUGGUUUGAAUUAGUGCUCUUUGCCGUGAUAGUGAUUAGCAAAGCACGGUCCCAGUUCAGUGUUUUAAAACAUUGUGUAGUUAGGUCCCCAACACCUGAUUUCAUGCAUUGCAUGGGUGAACAGGCUAUUCAGUCGUUAAGGACAUUUGAGGAGUCGGAGAACUUCACCCUAACCGAGGGAUUAACGCUACUUCGAGAUGAAAGAGCGGCUGUCCGAAGUAUUCCCGAUGUCACGGAUCUUGAUCCUUCGGACUUUCGCGGCAUUUUGGAAAACUCAGGUUUAGUAUUUGGUCAACGAAGCAUGCAUUUCGACAUAAGUAGAGUAUAUCCGGGGUUAAGCCUCCAGAUUAGACCUGUGGAAACUGGCGGCAGCCUUCUUGAAUUCGUGAUGGACCCAGAACAAGAACUCAAUGAACGGAGGCAUUCUACCGAGAAUCUUUCAACAGCUCGUAUACUUACGAAAAAGUUCGUGGUUCCAUUCCUGUUGGGUUUAAAAUUUAACCUCGUAACACUCAUACCACUGAUUUUUGCAGUUAUAGUUUUCCUUUGUAAGAAAGCUGCCUUUUUGGCUAAAAUUGCCCUUUUUUUGAGCGGAAUUUUCGGAUUUGGAGGACUCUUCUCACUGGGAGCUCUAGCAGAUAGUCAUGGAUUCUACGGAGGAAGUCAUCACAGCUAUGGGGGCCAUCACAGCUACGGUACAUAUUCCCCAGGACUCGGCAGUUUUGCAGACGGUGGCGGAUAUUCGAGUCACCAUCACUAUCGAACCAAAAAAAAUCUUUUCUUUGAUAACACCAAAGAGUUAUCUCCGGAAGCGACGCCGUCUUCAGACGGUUUCUAUAAUUAUGAGAAAAAUUAUCUUCUGCAUGAACGUCAAGAACGUGAAGGGGUUGAAGGAGCUUCUGCAUUAACUCCGAACAUUGGCGAAGAGACAAAUCACAGGGACUUUAUGUGGAAAACCUUGUGAGGCAAACUUUGCAGAUUAUUUAUUGAUAUUCACAGAAAAAGAAUCAUCGUGUUUGGUGCAUUCCUGUGCAUCUCCCAUCCAUCAUAUUGUU